UCAAGAAGGUUGUUUGCCCAGGGUUGACUGAACAAGAGAAAAAUAUUAAGGUUCUUGGGAUUUACUUUGGAGAAGAGACGGAUAGGAAAAACUGGGGAACGAGAAUAAAUAAAAUAAAACAGAAAUUCUUCCUAUGGCGAUCACGUGACCUAACAAUGCUUGGCAAAAUUAUGAUUGCAAAGAUGGAAAUUCUAUCAGCCUUAUCAUACCUGGCGAUGAUACUUCCUGCCCCCAGUUCCUUCAUCACAAUGGCCCGCCGGGAGAUGUUCCGCUUUAUCUGGGGUGGAAAAACAGAGAGAGUCAAAAGGACAAUCAUGUAUAAACCAAAAGCUUUAGGGGGCAGAGACGUGCUGGAUAUUACAAAGAAAUUUAAAGCAAUGUUCCUGAGUAAUAUCUUAAAAGGAAUAGCAGACCAAGGAGGAGAAGCUCUGUGGACUCUCUUUGCCAAAUUCUGGGUGGGUAGGUAUAUGCCUGGGAAGAACUGGGAAAGGCGACCUCUCACCCUACCCUCCUCGGAUACUCGGCCAUACCUCUACCAAGAAGCAAAAGAUUUCUUAGUGAAGCAUAAAGGAACCAUAUGUGCAGGCUCUGAAUUAAGUAGCGGUGCCAUCCAUGAAUUAUUGGAGGAUGCCCCCCCGAGAAUAGAAACAAUUAGGGCAUUGACAGAAAACCAGUGUGUACGAGUAUGGAAAUGUACAUCCUUCCCCUUUCUGUUUAACAAACAUAAAGAUGUAGCUUGGAAGGUGGCACAGAACUGUUUACCAACAAGAACAGUCCUCUACAGAUGGGGUCUGUGUGCUAGUGCUAAAUGUAUCAGAGAAAGCUUUUGUAAUGAAGAAACAAUAGAUCAUGUGUUUUGGGACUGUACAUUUGCUAAACUUGUGUGGAAUGUGUUUAGGCCAUGGUUUGGAAAUUACAACAUGGUUUUAUGUAGAGAAACUGUACUUUUUGGAUUACACAUGAGGAAAAAAGGUCAAGAAUUUUGUAGACUCUGGGCAGUUAUUAAUUGUGUCAAAUGUACCUUGUGGGUGGUUAGGAAUAAGUUAUUCCUUAAAAAAGAAAAGAUUACUUUGGGUGGGGCAAAAAGUAUGGCACUGAACAGCAUUAAGGACUAUGUCACAAGAGACUUGUUGAAGUACGGGAAGGAAAAAACAAAAGUCAUGUGGAAAAUGGAUUGUAUGGAACAUUUGUUUGGGUGGGAUUUAUGCUUUUAAUGGGACAGAAUUUGCGACUUGUGUAAUACGUAUUAUGUUUGUGAUAUGUUGAUGUGAUAUCCUUCUGAUUUAAAUGCAGUGAACAAUGUAAAAGAAUUUAGCCUCCACAAUGUGCUUGUACAUGUAUUUAUA